GCACCAAGCUGUUCUAUUAAUCUGCAAAUUUUCUCAGAUGACGCAAAGACUGUGACUUUGCCUCCCGUCCCCUCUGCUUCUUCAUCUCCACAUCCCGCCUCUCUCCGUGUCUCUCUCCCGAUGCCUCGCUCUUGUCGGAUGGGAGACAGCGACACUCAGCAGGCAGGAUGACGAACCAGGCGACAGCGAACCAGUUCGGCGCAAAGAACGAAAAAGAGGAAAACCAGCGAGAUGACAACACAGACGUUGCAUAUAAAGAUGCGGGUCACUGCAGUCGCAACACCCACAACCUACUGCUGGGACUCACUGUCAUGGGUGUGGUUAUGGGGGUGGUGUUUGGGAUGUUACUGCGGUACAUGAUGGUGACAGACAGCGCUAUCCUCACCAUGGUUUCCUUCCCUGGAGAAAUCCUCAUGAGGAUGCUCAAGAUGCUCAUCCUGCCUCUAAUCAUCUCCAGCCUCAUUACAGGGCUGGCUGGUUUAGAUGCUCGCUCCAGUGGCAGGAUGGGGAGCAGAGCCAUGGUCUACUACAUGUCCACCACUGUCAUCGCUGCCAUCCUCGGGGUCAUCCUGGUGCUGGGGAUCCACCCAGGGAACCCCAAACUCAGGGGAAGCACGACAACCACAGCCACCAAGAACCAGGAAGUCAGCAGCUUAGACGCAUUCCUGGACCUGAUCAGAAACCUGUUCCCUGAGAAUCUGGUGCAGGCCUGCUUCCAACAGGUUCAGACGGUGCUAAAAAAGGUGCCAGUUGCAGCAUCAAACCAAACAGAGCCCAUUUUAGUCAACAAGAAGAAACUGGAAUAUAAAUGGGGCAUGAAUGUCCUUGGCUUGAUCGGCUUCUUCAUCACCUUUGGAAUCUGUAUGGGCCGGAUGGGUGAGCGAGGGAAGAUCAUGUGUGAUUUCUUCAACAUUCUCAAUGAAAUUAUCAUGACGAUGGUUUCCAUGAUCAUGUGGUACUCUCCCAUUGGCAUUGCAUCCCUGAUUGCAGGGAAGAUUGCAGCGAUCGGAGACUUGGAGGUGGUGGCCCGUCAGCUGGGCAUGUACAUGGUGACAGUGAUAGUGGGUUUGGUGAUCCACGGAGGCCUCAUUCUACCGGCCAUAUUCUUUGCUAUCACCAGAAAAAGCCCGUUUGCUUUCUACUCUGGGAUCUUUCAGGCCUGGAUCACGGCGUUGGGCACUGCUAGCAGUGCAGGGACGUUGCCCGUCACCUUCCGCUGCCUGGAGGAAAAUCUGAAGAUUGAUAAGCGUGUGACUCGUUUUGUGCUGCCUAUAGGAGCCACCAUCAACAUGGAUGGUACUGCACUGUAUGAAGCCGUGGCAGCCAUCUUUAUCGCCCAGAUGAAUGACAUCACACUGGAUGGUGGACAGAUUGUAACUGUCAGUAUGACCGCCACCUUGGCCAGUGUGGGCGCUGCCAGUAUUCCCAGUGCUGGACUGGUGACCAUGCUGCUGAUCCUGACAGCUGUCGGCCUACCCACCCAGGACAUCAGUCUGCUCAUCGCUGUCGACUGGCUGCUUGACAGAAUGCGCACGUCCAUCAAUGUGGUGGGCGACUCAUUCGGUGCCGGCAUCGUGGAUCACUUGUCAAAGGCGGAGCUCGCUGAACUCGAUGCGGCGGAAAUGGAACUGCACCCACCAGAAGAGGAGCUGGAUUUCAUUCCUCCUCCACCGAUCCUCACAGAAAUGGACCUGAUGGACCCCCUGAAACCACCCGAGCUGCCCCCCCGUUCCCCUCGGCCUCCCAAACUAAACCACCACAGCCACGUUCCGUCCCAGCCCCACUCCAUCACUUACUCCCCGUCUCGUUCCGUCCGAUCUCCGUCCCCACGCUCCAUCCGUUCUCCCUCCCCUCGCUCCGUCUGUUCCCAUUCUCCUCGACCUUUCCGUACUCAUUCACCACAUCUCCUACGCAGGACGGAGCCGGGCUACUGCGCCCUGCCCAGCCACGAUAACCAGGAUACUUGUCAUCCUGAUGUAAUAUUUGUGUCGUUUCCUCCUCAGAUUCCCACACUGCCUCGUUCCUACAGAGAGAGGGACAGGGAACGAGAGCGUCUGAGGCGAGAGAGUGAAACAGAGGAGGAGGAGGACAGAGAGAGGGUUUUAGGCGAAGUAAGCGAUGGAGAGGAGAGUGACGACACCGCUUACGAUCGGCGGCAUGCCAUCGGACCCGGUGACCUGCCGUGAUUGAAAUCUGACACAAAAGUUUCCCCAGUCGUUUUGUUUCUGUUUUAUGAGCGCUUCCCCCACUCUAGUGUACCACUCCACUGCUUAGCAAGACUCCAGUGGAGGUCCACAGUGGAUUUCUGGCUGGUUGCAUUGCUGCUUAUUUUACGUAUAUUGAAUUUGCUGCUCUCGAUCGACAGCGCUGUUGGAUAUGUGAAGCGUUCUAUGAGCGUAAUAUUCAUAGUUAUUAAAAUGUCGCAAUGGCAACGCCUGUAACAUUCCA